GCAGUUUCCUAGUUCCUCAUUGUUCUCGAAAGUGACUCUACACGUACAUCCCAACUCAUCCGGCGGCAUCCGUACAAUCACAUCUUCACCCCGGACGCCUCACAUCACCGACAGAGCACUCACUCGGGUCCCCACCGCCAACACUCUAACAAUCAGAGAAAAUGGUGAUCGCAGUCGUCAUACGCACGACAGUAACUUGGAUAGCACUCGCAACGACGGCAAUCUUUAUAGCACUUCGAGUCGGAAACGAAACGGAGUGGCCAUGGAUUGUAAUUGCUCUCCCAGUGCUCAUAUUUGAUGUCGUGUAUUCACUGGUGCUCUGUCUGGGACUGUGGCAUCACUUUCUGGAGAGAAGUAUUCACAUACCGAAUAACGUGUCGUCGGCGUGGAGGAAAUUGUGGCUGCUCUUUCUGUUUAUUCUCAAUAUUAUUGCUGUAGUCGUCGUAUGUCUUCGAUUGAAUGGAGACUUGAGUAGUUCUUAUAGUGUGGUCUGCAUUCCAUUGUGGAUAUUUCUUGUUGCUGUGACGGGUGAUUUGACUCGCUUGCUGGUGAAAGAUAUUAAGAGACGUAGAGAUGUGUGAUGAGUUAGUGUGUUUAGAGUUUGGGUUGUGGGUGGGGAUCGACUUUUGUGUAUUUUUUUAUUUUAUGACGUUUGAGGCAUAUUUUUGUAUAGGAAUGUAUAUAGUGGAUUGGUGUACAUGUGAGUGUAUGGAACGCCAGACGUUGCAAAAAUAUUACUUAAAAAUAUUGUGGAUUUUUAGAGGUGUGAGUGAA